AUGCAAAAGUUUUGGCUUAUUUUCGAGCCAGUGCUAAGCGCUUUAGUAGUUGAGAAUCUUGAUAAUUAUAUUGCUGAUUACUUGCCCCCAUUUUUAGAUUCUAUUCGUUUAUCCACUUUUACUCUUGGUACAAAACCAUUUCGCAUUGAAAGUGUCAAAACGUAUUCAAACACCGAUCCUGAUGUAGUAUGCAUGGAUUGGAGAGUAUCAUUUAUACCGAACGAUUUGGAUGAUCUGUCAAAAGAGGAAUUAGAUUAUAAAAUAAAUCCAAGAGUUAUUAUGAAUGCUCGAGUUGGUAAAGGACGUAUUGGAGCAGGGUUUCCUGUUGUUGUAGAAGAUAUGGCAUUCUCGGGUCAUUUACGAUUACAAAUUAAAUUUAUGAGUCGUUUUCCCUUUGUGAAACUGGUAGAGUUAAGUUUCCUGGAAAAGCCUCAGUUUGAUUAUGUUUUGAAACCUCUUGGAACAGAUAAUUUUGGAUUUGAUGUGAAUGUGAUUCCUGGCCUUCAAAGCUUCAUCCGAGAUCAAGUACAUAGUAUUUUAGGACCAUUGAUGUAUACUCCUAAUGUCUUUACAGUGGAUGUUGAUAGAUUCUUUGAGGGUGAUUUUGAUUUAAAUGCUGCUAAUGGUGUGCUAGCUGUAACAGUAUAUUCCACAGACCGUAUUAAGCAUGUUGAGGAUAUCGUUGAUGGAGCUCCUAAUCCUUAUAUCCGCUUUUAUUUGGAUCAUGGGCAAGAAUUAGAUCGAACAAGUGUUUGUCAAAAUACUUUUACACCUACUUGGAAUGAAACCCGAUAUUUAAAACUAAACAAUUUAAAUGCGCUUCUAUCAAUGGAAUUAAAGACUUCAAGGCCUGGUUUAAAAGAUAGGCGUUUAGGUACUGCUAACUUUAAUCUUUCGCAGUUAGAUGGUGAAGCAGAUGCAAAGCAAGAAGGGCUAAAUUUAUUAGUUCUUCGUAAUGGCAAACAUGUUUCUGACUUGAGAGUAGAUAUUCGUUAUUUACCUAUUUCGAAACCUAUUAAACGUGAUGAUGGUACUAUCGAGCCUGCUGUGGAAUCCAAUUCUGGUGUAGUUCGUUUAAUGAUACAUGAAUGUUGUGAUUUGAUAUCAACUAAUGAUACAAUGAGUCCUUAUAUCCGUAUUAUUGUCAAUGGCAUAGAAAAGAAAAAAACCGUUACAAUGAAGAAGAAAUCAAACCCCAAAUUUGAAGACUAUUAUGAAAUGGUCGUUCUUGACAAGACUUCUUUAUUCCUCCGUGUAGAAGCCAGAGAUAGUGCUGAUGAUGAUCAUCUUUUAGGUGUCUUCACAUCAUAUUUAACUGAUAUAAUACGUCAACAAGAGCAUAACAAUAGUUGGUGGAAUUUAACGAAUGAUGAUAAGCAAGUCGGACAAUUGCGUUUAAGUGCUCAAUGGAAGCCUAUGAUUAUGAAUGGCCUUUCUGAAUAUGUUAGUGGUCAUGGCUAUGAUAAACCGCCUAUUGGUGUUAUUCGUUUUACAUUUUGGGAAGCUCGUGAUCUUCGUAAUGUUGAAAUGGUUACAAAUGGUAAGAGUGAUCCUUAUAUUCGCGUGUUAUCUGGAUAUCAAAUUCGUGCACAAACUGAAGUUAUUGAUAAUAACUUGAAUCCUGAAUGGGGAGAAACUGUAUAUGUUCCUGUACAUUCGUUAAAAGAAGACUUUAUUUUGGAAGCAAUGGAUUGGAAUGCUAAAAUGAGAGAUAAAAGUUUAGGUAUAACUAAAUUUAAAGUUUCUGAAAUUAUACGACAACAAGUUGGUAAUCAAAGUGUUAAUCCUGAUGUUUGGUAUGAAUCAAAGAAUAUUAACUACGAAAGACAUAGUUCAAAGGGUGCACUUCAUUAUUCUGCCGAAUUUUUCCCUUCUGAAAUAAGAUCUUUACCUCUUCGUGGGUUGCAUGGUACAUAUAUUCGAUAUACGCCUGAUGAUUUGAUUGAUCUAGGGUCAUACAAUUCUGGCAUUUUGAAGAUCAGAAUUUAUGAAGUUCAACUCUCUUCACCUGCCUACUGCUAUUGUCACGUGAUUGUUGACUCACUGAUGCCACUCUAUAAAACCGCUAAACUACGUGGCGAUAGCCUUCAGUUUGAUGAAUACGCUGAUGCAUUCAUUAAAGAAGUGGAUUUUUCACGUAUUGCUAUUGAAGUUAAACCUGCCCAUUCGGAUGAAAAGGACAUUCGUAAAUUAGGAUAUUGGAUUGAUUCAGGUUCGUCUAUUAUUCGUCGUAUCAUGAAACAUAGACGUCUUGGUCUUGAUCCUUCAGAUGAUGAAGGAACAUGGUUUAAUUUGAUGGGUACCGAUGGUCCUGCAAGGAUUCGUCUUGGUUUUUCUUAUGAUCCCAUGGCAAACUUUGUAUUAAACCCUGAUGAGAGUCUAGACAAUCAAGGUGUUUUGACAGUUAAUCUAAUUAGUGCGCGAAAUUUAAUGGCAGCUGAUAAAACAGGUACUAGUGAUCCUUAUGUUAUUUUUACUGUUAAUGGAGAAAGAGUCUAUAAAAGUGAAACUAUUCGAAAGACUUUGAAUCCUAGAUGGCAAAAUGAGAGCUUUACGGUUCCUAUUCAAUCAAGAGUAACUGCAAGUAUACGUAUUGAAGUGUUUGAUUGGAAUCAUGUUCAGGGACAUCAACCUAUUGGCUCAGGAGGUAUUACACUUCGUGGUGAUGGAGUUGAAAGCUUUAAAGCUCGUAUGGUAGAUAUUCCUUUAGAUGGUGUUGCUGGUGUCUCUGGCAGUGUACAAGUCAGAUUUAUAUGGCAUCCACAGCUUUUGGUAAAUAAAAAGAAUCAAACAUCUGUCUUGAGUGCUACUCGUACCUAUGUACAUGAUGAUGUAAAUCUAGAAGCUUCAGGUCCUCUUCCUCGAGCCUCUACAAGUUCACAAUAUAGUAUGACACGUUCAUCUAAUGAUAGUCUUCGUAAUGUUAUUCCUAAUAGUAGGCAAUCAUUAGAUACAGCACAUCGUAAUAGUUUGGAUGAUGCUAUAUCACUUGCACCUUCAUCCAUUGUAGAUACACGAACACUCAGUGACGCCACAGGAAGAAAAGGUGUCAUCAUGAUUACAUUAUUAGAAGCACGUGGAUUACGUGGUGUAGAUAAAAGUGGAAGUGAGCCAAUCGUAUUUGAUUUCAAAGUAAAAGAUCAUAAUAGAAUCAAAUCCGCUGUCGACUUGGGACAAAAUAGGAUAAAUAUUUGGGAUCUUAUUAAAGUCGAUGUUCCUGGUGGAGAAUUAUUUGAUCACUGGCUUCCUCUUUACCCUAUUGGAAGUGGUGAGCUUCGUGUAAAUAUUAAAUAUAAACCAACUAUAUAA